UAAGAGCUCGUGUCCCGCCUCGCCCUUGAAGUUCGGCGCGUGAACAUAUGAAAAAGUAUGGAAAAGUGCUUUGACAAGGAAGUAGCUAACUAUGUGGCAUGGGCUUGCCUGGACUAGGAUAUCUCAGCACGGGCCCGUCUGGUGAUGUGGUUCGAUCUCAGUCAUGGCGCUGGAGAAAGAGACGAGGUGUCGCGUUUAUCUUUUGACACUCCCAGAUUGACACUCCGGCUCUCCUGCUUUGCAAGCCAAACACGAAGUCAAAAAGAAACGAGAGGAUGGAGAGAGAGGACGAGAGGACGCAGCCGUCUACGGGAGACGAGGAAAGACGGGAUCGUACGAGGGCCGUGAGAGUAAAUGAAGUGAUGACUGUAGAACGGGAUCUCGGAGAGUCCGGAGCAGCGUCGGAUCCGGAUCGACGACGGAGACGGCAUACGGAAGGCGUGGACGAACUGGAACCGGAACCGGAACGAAACCCUGAAGUGGCGCGGGAAUCAGGAUCGAUUCGAAGCUUUCUUCGUGGACGUGCGGUCGGAAACGGAGACGCUUUCCACGCCUUCACGUCUCUUUCUUGUAGCUCGUCUUCGUCCCCGUGCCCCUCUCCUUCUGCUCUCCUUUCCACUUUGUCUCUGUCCUCCUCGUCUCCGCAGCCCUCUCUCGCGCCCCCGCUGAAGCUGGAUGCAGUGUUGGUGGACGAGAGGCUGGUGUUGGACGUGUAUCAGCAUGGGGGCGCGGCGAUGUCCGCUCUGUGGGAGAGCGCUCCAGAGCGGAUGAAGCGGGUACAGUAUGUCCGACUGGGCUCCGAGGACGAGGGAGCGCUGGAAGGUUCUCUCGGUGUUCUCCCUCAUCUUACUCAACUGCGCUCGUUAGCCAUUCGAGGCCACCGCUUCUAUGAUGCCCAAGGUGAACCCCUUCCUGGCCUGCUGACCUCCCUCCCUCCUUCACUCUCCUGUUGUUCCCUCCUCGUCCACCUCGACCUCUCUUUCAACCGCCUCUCGUCUCUCCCGGCCUGCCUGCUCUCUCUCGGUCACCUCUCCGAGCUCCUGCUCUGCCAUAACCUCCUGAUCGGCCUGCCUGGAGAAGUGUGCGGCCUGGUGGCCCUGCGCCGUCUCAGCGUGCUGGGAAAUAAACUACAGACUCUACCUUCACAGCUUGGUCUUCUGCAUGCGCUCCAGGAGCUGGACGUGUCCUUUAACCAGCUGGAGAGUCUACCCGAUGAGCUAGGCCUGCUGAAAAACCUACACACGCUGGAGCUCUCGUCCAACAGGCUUCGAGAGCUGCCCGAGACACUGGGUUCUUUACACUCUUUGAGGGUGCUGGCAAUCCACAGUAAUGAGUUACGGAGCAUCCCAGAGUCUGUGAAAUCCCUCCCUGCGCUAACUAGACUGGACGUACGAAAUAACCCACUGGGCCGACCCCCGACCCCCCCACCACUCCCUCCUGCACCAGCAGCUCAGACCGACCCCCCAGUACCAGAGUUACACCUCGCCUUCAACCAGCACAAGUUUUCCGUGUCUCCUGCUGGAUGUCACGUCUUUCUUCCUGGCGGAGGAGAGCUCUUGUUUCCACGGGGCUGCGUUAAGUUCUUUACACAGUUCAAAUGGGCCGAGAGAAAACCAGACAGGAAGUGGAUAUGGCUGGAGGAGCAUGAUUUCCUGCUCAGUCGUCCUCUGGAACUGCUUCCGCACGGUGUUACGUUCGACAAGCCUGUAGAGGUGUGUGUUCCUUACCACAGGACCCGGAAAGGUGAGGUGAUGGUGCGCAGGUAUGAUGGUCACGCCUGGAGUACACUACCCACCCAGACCAGAAGAGGGAGCCACAGGCACAGCUGUAGGCCACAGGGCCGACCUGCACGGCUGGCGUGCUGCACUGUCACGCACUUCUCCUGGUUUGUGGUCGUCUCUCGUCCCGUCAGAGACUGUUGCUCGGUGUUGCCAGAGGGGGCGCUGCUGGUGUCUCGCUAUGACCCUGGGAUCAAACUCACUUUUCCUGCGAACUGCACAACACAAGCGCGCACUGUCACACUGCAGGUGCUUCAGGUGGCGCAGUCUGAGGUGCAGGAUCUGACAGGAGACCCACACGCCAGUGCAAGCCCCCUCCUCUGCCUCUCCCAAACUCCCAGCAUGCACUUCCUCCAGCCAAUCAAAGUGCAGAUCCCCCUUCCACCUGGACUUACUGGACUCACUGUGGAUAUGUCUCGGCUGCACCUGCUGCACGGUGACCCUGUGGCUCACACCUGGACUGAUGUCACCGCUCAGGUGUCUCUAUACAUCACACAUCUCUAUGCCAUCUUUUCUGUCACACACUUCUCCUGGUACUGGCUGUGGUACACCACUCACAGCUGCAUUAGUGGAGUGGUGAGGAAAGUGUACCACAGACUAAAGCAGUUCAGGGUUCAGUUUCUGGUGCUACAGAGAAAAGCAGACUUCACACAAGUCCUACUGCAGUGUCUGCCUUCAGAUAAGAUCGACAGUAGGUUCGCAUCUCUGUCAGAGCAGUAUGAUGGUCCUCAGCCUUCAGAUGUGUGUAACCUGUUGGAAGGAGAGCAGUUCUUUGCUGGGUUUGAGAGAGGCAUUGACAUCACCUCUGAUCGACCGGACUGCAGAGAGGGCAGACUGGCCUUCACCUUCUAUUCUCACCUGAAGAACAUCAAAGAGGUGCACGUGUGCCCGACACACCAACAAGAGGGAACCGUCCGAGGACAGGUAUCGUUCUACAGAGGCGACGUACCCAGUGACCUUCCAGAGGAAGUGGCUCGGAAAAGGAAAGGCCACGACAGCCAGUGGAUGGCUACGCUCCCACUUAGACUUCCUGGUGCUGACCAGGAGGGCAGUGUGUACGCAGAGCGGCAGUACCCUCCGCUAAACCUCGGCGAUCCUGAGAGCGGAUACCUCACAGAGACCAACCUUCUGUCCAUCUCAUUUCGCAUCAGCCAGGACUGGCGCAGCAUCGGCAUCAACCUGGGCAUCAGCUAUAACGAGCUGGAUCGCAUCCAGUUCAAACACAGAGAUAACCUAGGAGCCAUGGUGUUGGAGAUGCUCUUCCAUUGGGCGAGAGAGCAGCAGAAGGCGGGAGCAGGAGCGGUCCCACGGCUGAUCGAGGCUCUAAUCGAGAGCGGGAGGCGGGACCUUGCUGAUGAAGUACAGGAUAUAGUGAAUCUGGGGAAAAUGAAGUACACCGAGUCCCUGAAGAGAGUUGGCCUAGAGACAGACCCGGGAACCUCUACUCAGUCUCAAUUAAGCUGACACACACACACACACACAAAAGGACAGUAUGGAGACCUCUCCCAGGUGCCAAUAUUCACAAAUCACACUGAUGGUGCUGGCCAUUUGUACACUGUACAUUUAAUAUUUUAAAGAGCCUAUUAUUUAAUGUAACACGCACACACACACACACACACACAUUUCUCUGCAGUGUCGCAGCUGUCAGGUUUUCCACUGUGAGAUCGUUGCUAUGCCUAAGCUGUUGUUGGGCUGAAUCAGCUCCUCACACACAUCCGCUGAACAAACUUCUUCCACUUCGCCUCUCUGUCUCCUGAAGCCUCACUAACUUCAACUGGAACCAGACAAGUGCACUGAACCCUUCCUGUUGCCAAUGUGUUUCGUUUCUGAUCACUGAUUGGAACCAUGCCCAAACUACAUGAUAUGGCCAAAAGUUUGUGGACACCUGACGAUCACACCCAUGUGUUUCCUAAAAUCAGGGACGUCCAAUCUUAUCCAGACAGCACCAGUGUGGGUGCAGGUUUUCAUUCCAGCCAAGUGGAAGCCACGCCUGAUAGCCUAGUGAAAGCCAAGACAACGAAUUAAAAAGGCGUGGCCCCUGCUUGACGGGAACGGAAACCUGUACCCACACAUGAUUGGAAACUGCUGCACAAAAUGUUCGAAGCACACAAUUGUGUAGGAUGUUUUUCAGAAUCUCUUGCAUAGCCAGUAUGUUUUAUAUGCAGCUUCCAGGGAGCUGUAGCAUUACAGUUUUCCUUCACUGGAACUAAGGCGUGGAUCCCAAAACCUGUUCCCUGCCCCUAUGAGCAAAGCAAGAUCCAUGAAGACAUGGCUUUCCAAGGUUGGAGUAGAAGAACUCCUGCACAGAGCCCUGACCUCUACCCCACCGAGCACUUUUGGAAUAAACUGGAACCCCAGGCGUCCUCACUAACACUCUUGUAGUUGUAUGAACACACAUCCCAAACGCCAUGCCCCAAAAAUCUAGCGAAAAGCCUUCCCAGAAGAGUUGAGCUUAUUAAACAGCAAAGGGGGACUAAAUCAGUCCGACGAGCAGUCGUGACGCGUGAGAUUCGGGUGUCCGCAUACUUUUGACCAGGAGUGUGCUAUGUUUGUUGAACAGUCUGUGUUUGUAUGCUUCAGUAUGAAUGUUUUAUGAAAUAAAUGUGCUGUGAGGUAA